GCUGGCUUGCUGGCUUGGUGCUGCUAGUCUGACUCACUCACCCAUCCACACCUCCCUCACUCUCUCAUCGGCCUCGACGGCACCAGCUACAGCUCCUCCUCCUAGCUGGCAGUCACUGCUGCUUCCCUUCCAAGAUGCAACAAAACUGGCAGCAACAACAGCAACAGCAAGGGUACGGAGGAGGUUAUGGAUCUGGCGGGAACUCGUUCAUGCAGGCUCAACCUACUGGGUUCCAACAACCCAUGCAGACUGGAUAUGGUCAACCUCAACCCCGACCAAUGACCAACUUCACUGGAGGGUCCUCUGGAGGUAACAUGUCAUUCCUCAAUCAGCCACCUUCGUUUGGCGGUGGAGGACUGAACCCUCAGAUGACUGGAUAUCCCGGCGGAGGUGCCAGCGGUCUCAUGUCACAGCAGACUGGCUAUGGUGGUCUCAAUGCUCAGCCUACCGGAUACGGUGGUGGACUCAUGUCCCAACCGACAGGAAUGGGUGGAGGUUUCGGCGGCUUGCGUGCUCAACCCACCGGUGUUCAGGACCCAAGGUUGCAAUCCAUGAUGCAGACAUUCAUGCCCUCCAACUUGAGCCAGCCGUUCACAUCCUCGGGAGUGCCCCAGUUCAACGCUCCCCCACAACACCAGCCCCUCACCCAGACCUUUCAAUCCUUGCUCCAGAACCCCUCAGUCAAGACGCCCAAAGUCCCUUGGACCCUCUCUCGACAGGAGAAGAAGGACUACGAUCAGAUCUUCCGAGUAUGGGAAAAAGGAGAUGGGUUCAUCUCUGGCGAGACGGCUCGCGAAGUCUUUGGUCAAAGCGGACUUGGACAGGAUGACCUCAUGAAGAUCUGGACACUUUCCGACAUUGACAACCGCGGCAAGCUAAACCUCCCCGAAUUCCACGUUGCUAUGGGCCUCAUCUAUCGAGCCCUCAAUGGCAACGAGAUCCCCGAACAACUCCCCGCGGAACUCAUCCCAUCCUCCAUGCGUGACAUUGAUACCACGGUCAACUUUAUGCGAGACCUCCUCAAGCACGAGGCUUCCACUCGAUCAGACACAUCUUCCCCUGCGCUUGGCAGCUCAGCCGCCUAUGGCGGUCAUGGCCCUCGCGACGCCACGGCCUACAAACACGACGACUCCCGGUCCAACUCAGGCACCUACAAACCCAGCAGUCGUCACCUGGAUCGUAAAGCUGUCCGAUACGCUGGAGAGGAAUCCGAUGCCGACAUCAAGGAUAUUCGAAGACAGCUCCAGAAUACAUCAGCGAUGCUCGACUCCUCCAACAACGACUAUGCUCGCAAAUCUGAAGAGGACGAGCAGCUCGAACAAGAAAUCGACGACCUAAAGUACAGGGUCAAGCGGCUCCAAGAGGACAUUGACUACGUCUCGAAAGGCCGACGAUCAGCUGACAAGGACGAAGAGAGGCGAAAACUCGAACGAGAACUCUUGUUCCUCAUGCACGAAAAGCUCCCUGAGCUGGAGAGGAGACAAGCUCAACGCGAAGACGAAAAGCGAAUGGACGAUCGUGCUGGCAACCGAGCGAGAGACAAGAGGAAUCAGACCCAUGGUCGAUACGAUGACCGAGACGACCGCAACGGGGAUCGCGACUGGCUGCGAGGGACGUACGACCGAGACAGGAGGGACAGUCGAGACAGUCGAGACAGGGAUUAUGAUCGAGGCUAUGGACGUGACAGCCGAGACCAAAGUCGAGACAGACGGUACGACGACUAUGAUCGGGACAGACGAGAUGACCGAAGGGAUCGAGACGAUUAUCGACCUCGAACACCACCUGCCUCUCGAACCCCUCCUCCUGCACCCCCUCCCGCUCCCGCUGCCGUCGCGCCACCCGCCGCACCUCCUCCCAAGCCCACAGCUCCCGAUCCCAAAAAAAUGACACCAGAGGAACGAACCGCUUUCAUUCGUGCUCAAGCUCAAGCCAGAAUCCAGGAUCGACUCAAAGCACUCGGUGUUGAGCCAGCCACCGAGCCCUCGCUCGUGGACAAGAGUACCGAGGAGCGUUUGGCAGCGGAAAAGCUCGAAGCUGAGAAUAAGGCAAAGGAGGCGGACGAGGAGCAAAAGAAGAGGGAAGAGGCCAGACAUGCUAGAUUGGCUGGAACAUCGAGUCCUGCUCCACCCAAAGACACACCGUCUGCUCCCCCGACGCCGAAGUCGAUCCUCAAAACCGGUGCUAAGGCUGGUCCUCCACCUCCGCCAGCAUCCCGAGCCAAGCAACCACCAGCUCCUCCUGCCCCUCGUUCCACCGCCGCUGCCAAAGUGCCCGAGCCACCGGCUGAGGAUCCAGAAGAAGCCGAAUUCAAGCGCCGUGAAGAGGCAAUUGCCAAGGCAAAGGAGGAGCGAAGGAAGCGACUGGAGCAGUUGGAGAAGGAAGAGGCGGACGAAGCAAAGCGAGAAUCCGACGCUGCUUUGGCGAACAAGGCAAAGUCCGCCGCCGCUACGCCCUCGACUCCUCCUCCUCCCCCUCCACCACCCGCACCCGCCAUGCCUGCCCCUUCACCCGGUGGUUACAACCCAUUCCGAAAGCCAGGAGGUGGCGGUUCGGGCGCUCCGGCUGCUACGCCUGCGGCAGGCGGAGGAUUCAACCCAUUCUUCAAGCCUCAAGCUGCUACCCCCGCAGCCGCAGAACCCACCUCGAACGAGUCCACCAGCGCACCACCUCCUCCCCCUCCACCACCGCCUGCACCCCCCGCCCCCGCGCCAUCGGCUCCUGCCUUUACCACUCGUUCAGCCGCUGCUGAUGAUGAAUGGGAGAAGAUCGAGGAGCGAGGCGACGACUCUGAUUCGUCCUCGGAUGACGACGAUUACGCCACGUCUCGAGACCAUCGACGCAACCUUGCCAGCGCGCUCUUUGGCGGUAUCAGUGGUGGAUCGCCUACUACUGCAUCUCGACCUGGAUCCACCGCUCCCAGCAGUGCAAAGCCUACGUCCGCUGCUCUUCAAUCACUAGGCGGAGGAGAUCCCAAUGCUGGACGGGGAGCACUUCUCUCCGCCAUCCAAGGGGGAGCGAGCUUGCGCAAGACCAAGACCGUUGUCAAGGGCGAAACCACCGGCAAAGUCAUCGGAGACGCUGCUCCACCCUCUCACAUUAACCUUGAAGCGCAGCCACGAGAAUCCACAGGUACAGCUGACCAUACCGCAUUCUCGGCUUCUCCUGAACCUACCUCGGUAGCCGAGACUGGCGGCUUCGAGUCUGACUUUGCGCCUCGCGGUGCCAACCGAGGAUCAGUCGAUUGGUACGAGGGUUUAGCGGCUGAUUCGCUUGGUCCUGGUCCAGCUGCCUCGCACGGGGACACGAGUGUGCUCGAGCCGACAGCAGAAGAGGAUGAAGAGGACGAGAAGGAUGCCCGUGGUCCCCCCGGUCCUGCCAUCAACGUUCAAGGCGAAGACACUGAUGAGUUUGACAUGGCGACCAGUCUCCGCGUGCGAUCUCUUUAUCCUUACGAGGGUCAACGAGAUGUCGACCUGUCAUUCAAAGAGGACAUUGUCCUGGUGGCUCACCCCGCCAAGGACGCGAGCAGUCCAUGGUGGUAUGGUAUCAUGGUGGACGGUGGUGGAAAGGGAUGGUUCCCCCAUAGCUAUGUCGAGGAGAUCAAACCUGUCAAAGCCAAGGCAACUUAUGCAUACACUGGCAAUUCGGACGAAGAGUUGCCGUUCGCCGAAGGCGACAUUUUGGACAUUGUCGACAGAUCUGAUGAGAACUGGUGGAAGGCUGAAAAGGCGGGCGUGAUCUUUAUCGUCCCGGCGGCUUAUUUAGAGAUCGAGGCUCGUACUGACAAAGGUGCCCCAUCUCUUCCCUCCGCUCCUGAGCCUUCUACCUCCCAUGCGGUACCCAAAGCCCUCCCUAGUCCAAAUCUCCUCUCCCCCACUGAUCCUGUGCCUAAACCUCCUGGCUCUGCUCGCUCUCGCUCGUCGACCAUCACCAGUGUCGACGAGGGCGAAUACUCUUCAGACUCGGACAGUGUCUUGUCUUGGUGGUCCUCUGAUGAAGACGACAGCGAUGCGUCGGUUGAUUCAGGUAAAGAAGCUGAACGGAAGAAACGAGAAUUGGAAAGACAAAAGAUCCUCUCUAUGGCCGGAUUGAAACUUCGACGCGACGCGCCCGCACCUCCCCCUUCCAGGGCUUCUGGCUCCAACAAGGUGGAUCGGAAACCGACCAUUGGUCGUCGUCGACCUGCACCUGCUGCCCCAGUGAAACGACGGCAAGCGCCUGCUGUACCUCUGAGCUCCCACGACGAGGCGUCAGAGAGCGUCGUCACUCCUCUUGCGUCUGAUCAGGAUGAUCCGAUGGUCGAGACAGCUGUCCAAGAUCCCGAAGCAGCGACAUUGGAUGCUUAUGCGCGGUACGAGCAGUUCUUAUCGUCUUCGCUUUCGUCCAAGCCUCCUGCUCGACCCACUCCCGCACCUAUCACGCGGGUUCCCAGUCGUCCACAGUCAUCUGGACGAGAUUCACCUCAAGGUCUCGGUACGGCACCUACCAGUCCACGUCACUCAUCGUCCUCUAUCCCCACCACGAGCCUGAUAAGUGGCACAAGUGGAGGCGGAUCCGGUGGUGGACGAUUGUCCACUUUCUUCUCCAAGAUGAAGACGGGGGCGAAUACACCGACUGAACGCCGGCAUACCCCUGUGAUCAGUGGUCCCAUCUCAAAAGUUGAGCUACCUAACGAGGGGCCAGAACAUGAGCAAGAGGCGGAGAUAGGCAAGACGUGGAGUAGUCUGGUGGAUCAGGGCGUCUUGGAGAGUAUGGGCGAUCGCGAGAGGAAAAGGCAGGAGGCCAUCUUUGAAUUCAUCGCCACCGAGGCAGCAUACAACCGGGAUCUUCAGCUCAUCGUAGAGGUCUUUUACGCCUCGAUCCUCCAUCGCAAAAUCCUCGACGACAAGGCGCUCACGGUGAUCUUUGCAAACAUCGAAGACAUCCUCCUCGCCAAUACGUCCUUCUUGUCGUCUCUCGAGCAGAGGCAGAAGAGCUGCAGGCUGUACGUAGACGUCAUCGGGGAUAUACUGGAAGACUGCAUGCCGAGUAUGGCCGUGUACACGCCUUACUGUGUCAACCAGCACCAGGCCGGAAAGCUCCUACAGUCCCUGAGACAAUCCGAUCCCAAGCUUCAAGCACACCUCCAGGAUAUAAGGGAGAACAAUCCUGCUGUUCGAGGACUGGAUCUGUCGAGCUAUCUCUUGAUACCGAUGCAAAGAAUCACCAGGUAUCCGCUGCUACUCAAACAGAUUAUCCACUACACUGCUCCGGACCAAGAUCUCUACCCUGUACAAAAUGCUCUCCACAUCGUGGAGAAUGUCGUGGGCACCAUCAAUGAGAAUGUUCGCGAGGUCGAGAUGCAUGAGCGACUCAAAGAAUUGAGCGAGCACCUCUGGAUCGGCGGAGAGGGCCGACUGGAUCUCACUGCUCCGACAUCCCAUCAAGGUCCGAGACGGCUUCUCAAGGAGUCAACAGUCACCAAAGCCAAGUCUGGUCGCAAAUUGACCAUGGUGUUGUGUAAUGAUAUCCUGGUGCUUAUCGACGACGGCAACCUAUAUCGAAUGCCUGUACCUCUAUUCGAGCUCACCGUCCGCCGAGCGCGGGACGAGUCUGGCAUUGUGCUCAAAGUGGAUCAUUCGAGAGGAGGCGAUACGAUCGGUCUAAAAGCUUCAAACGGCCGGGACGCUAAAGAGUGGAUGGGAGUACUUGAACAAGCUCGAUUAGACAGUAUUGAUGCGAGAAAGGGAGGUUCCAGACGGAAAAUGGACGAUGGAACCGGCAUGUCAUUUGAAUUCUAGAGCACACAUAUACAUGCAUGGUU